GAUACGCUCGGUGAGACUGCGAGGCGCGGUGAAUGUCAACAAUCUCUUGUGCCUCCCGUGGCGACGAUGGAUAAGCAAGCCACUGAACCGUUUGAAAUUGAAAUCUCAGAAGUGGAAAAUGGAAAUACGGAAGAGCUCGUACCCAAAAGAGGAGCCUUGUCUGUUGUUUGGCGGUAUUUUGGUUUCAGAAAAUCUGACUUCGACCAAAAAAACAUUUUGUGCAAGAUUUGCCUCUCUAAAGUUGCAGCCAGUGGCGGCAACACGAGCAAUUUGCUCCACCACCUGAGCCGCAGGCAUGUCUCGGAAUAUGAAGAAUGUAUGAAGUUAAAAACUGCGCCGUUCGCCUCAGCGGGCAACCCAAAAUCCCUUCAAGACGCGCUGGCCAGGGGGGCCCCCUACGAUAGAAAAAGCAAACGCUGGCUCGACAUCACCAACGCUAUCACGAUCCACCUGGCAAAAGACAUGGUUGCGCUCAACACAGUCGAAAAAGAAGGCUUCAAGCAGAUGAUCAGGACGCUGGACCCCAGGUAUGAAGUCCCGAGCGGAAAGUACUUCGGCCAAAUUGCGAUCCCCAACUUGUACGAGAAGCACAGAGCUAAACUCGGAACGGAGCUGGCGGCCGUCCGCCACUUCGCAGCAACGACCGACAUGUGGUUGAGUCACACCAUGGAGCCUUACUUUGGCGUGACCGUUCACUUCAUAAGCGACGACUGGCUGUUGCAAAGCCAUCGUCUGCAGACGAGCUACUUUCCCGAUGAGCACACCGGAGAAUUACUCGCGGCGGGCCUGCAGGAGGCACUUGAUUCUUGGGGGCUUCCGCAGAACAAACUCGUGGCCAUCACGACCGACGAUGGCGACAACAUCAAGAAAGCCGUGGAACUCAACAAGUGGACUGGACUCCAGUGCUUUGGUCACAGACUUCACCGAGCCAUCGGGAAAGGUCUGAGAAACGAAGGCAUACAGCAAGCCAUUGCCCUGUGCAAAAAAAUUGUGUCCACCUUCUCGUACUCAAGUAAGAAAAGGAGGGACCUGGCCAUUGUUCAGAACUAUCUGGGUCUUCCAAACCACAUGCUCACGGCAGAGACGCCGACCAGGUGGGGCUCGCGUCAAACAAUGAUCCAAAGAGUGCUCGAGCAAGAGAGGGCCAUUAGUCACGUUCUAAAAGACGACAAGAAAUCCAGGCACUUGGUCCCGAGCUGGCAAGAUUUGGACGUCCUCGAGGCCGUCAACAAGGCGUUGGGCCCCCUUCAGGACUUCACAGACGCUUUGUCGGGAGAGCAAUACGUCAGCGUCUCCUACCUCAAGCCGGUGCUCAAGCUCUUCAACGCCUCCAUUCUUGCCGAGGAAGAGAACGACACCCAGCUGACCAAGGACGUGAAGAGAAACAUCCUCGCCGACUUGAAUGAGAAAUAUUCCGACACGGUCGUGGACGACCUGCUCGAUAUGGCGUCCCUUCUCGAUCCGCGGUUUCGAACCAAGUACGUCGAUGAAGAAAAGGUGGAGCGGGUUCUAUCCAGAGUGGUCGAAGAGAUUGUGUCACUGAUGAAGACUCAGCAGGAUGUGGUCCAAGGGGCUGCGGGUUCUGAAGCGGAAGCGGAACCUGAUGAUCCUCCUAAGGUGAAACGAAAAAAGACCUUGGCCAGCUUUUUCAAAAGGGAGGGCGGCGCAAUGACCGAAGAGGAAAGCGUCAGGAAGGAGCUGACCGUCUACUUGCAGACCACCGAGGUGGACAGCGACGUCGACCCUUUCGACUGGUGGAAAUGCCACCAGACAAAUUUCCCUCACGUUGCCAAGCUCGCGCGGCACUAUUUGUGCAUCCCGGCCACCAGUGCGCCGUCGGAGAGAGCGUUCAGCACCGACGGCAACAUGGUGCCGUGCCACAGAGCUGCGCUCAAACCGGAUGCCGUGGACCGUCUGGUUUUCCUGGCUCAAAACUUGUAAAUGUUUCAAUGACGGUUUCACACAUCUGAAAAAAAAAUGGGGUCGAUCGUGUCAUUUUCAGAGGAUCACUAUUGGAUCAAGAAGGUGUGAUUUAAAACAUUUUUUUUUAAAGGUUCUAAAACAAAAUCAUCAAGUACAAAGAUGUUGCCAAAUGGAACAGCAAUAGCUUUGGUUUAUUUAAUGUUUUAAGAAGAACAAUAGCAGUCGAUAAUAUUGUUGCCAUCAUGGUACAUCUCGUCCAUGAAAACAGAGGAUUGACGUACAUAUGAUAAAGAAUUGAUCGCCACCAGGGGGCAGUGCAAUACAGAUAUACGGAUAAACCAUAGAGCUGGUAAAACCAGGGCCUGACCAAUCGAACGACUGGUUGAUUUAAUCAGCCGAUAUUAGCGCUUUUAAAAUUGGCAAAAUUGUAGAAUCUUUCGUGAAUUAAAAAUGGAGGGGAAAAAA